UGGGAGAGGAGGCGGCUAGCUGGGCUGUAGCGUUCACCACCACCGAGCUCGCGCUAAAAGUUAGCUACUCGCGAUGGAGCAUGCCUCCCCCAGCCCGCCACGUUGCUGCGCCAAAGACGACGAGGAGGAGGAGGACGACGACGACGACGACGAGCCCCCGGAAACUUCGAGUGACGACGACUGCUUGGACGACGUGUUCGGCGACCUGGCGGCGCUGCCGGUAGAGGUUAGCGAGCGAAGACCGACGUGUUUACGGUGCCGUCGCCCUGAGAAGGUGUGUCUGUGUCCCUUCCUACCCGCGCAACCUCUGGACGUGUCCACAUGUCUCUACAUCGUUCAACACCCUGCAGAGGAGAGCCGAGUUCUUCGCACAGUACCUCUUCUUGCCGCAUGUUUACCGCUAGGAAAGUGCAACGUCAUUAUCGGGAGGCGCUUUAACGAGGCAAAGAACCCGGAGCUGGCCAAAGUGUGCCGGGACAGCCGGACUCUGAUCCUCUACCCCGGCCCCAACUCCCAGAACCUGGAGGAGUUGGUACAGUUGCCAGAAGAGGGCGCCAAGACGCAUAACAUUAUCCUUAUCGAUGGCACCUGGAGCCAGGCCAAGAACAUUUUUCUCAAAAACAGCAUGCUGCAACUUCCCAAGCAGGUGCAGCUCAACCGAAGUCUUUCAAGCCAGUAUGUGAUCCGCACGCAGCCCACCAACAUCUGCCUGUCCACGCUGGAGUGCGCUGCCGUCGCUCUGUCCAUACUGGAGUGCAAUGAUAUUUUCCAAGAGGUACUGCUGAGGCCACUGAAGGCCCUGUGCACCUUCCAGCUGGAGCACGGCGCCCAGGUGCACCACAGCAAGGAACACCUGCUGAAGAACGGCAUGUACGACAAAACCAUGCCCAAGAACAAGCGCAAGAUCAAGAGGCUGGAGAAGCUAGUGACCGACCGCAACUGCUUGCUGAGAUGACCACGUGCGAACCAGCGUUGACAGGCUAUAACAAGAAUCUUUUUUUGGCUCACUUUUACAGGGACACUUUCGUUCCUGAGAUUUUUCUUUUAAUUGGUGUUGCUUUAUUUAAUGCGAAUAAAUUUGUGUUUUAAUCGCACUUCCAAACAUU